AUGUCCACCGAAGAGCGUGCUGCAGCUUAUCCGUCUGCGGCAUGUUUCGGUAAUGACACUUCCUACUUGACCUCAAUUGCUUGGUGCAUCUCUUCUUACUGCUCGAAGACCACCAAGGCGUACAAGGUUGAGUACUUCUGGGGAGCCAAGAUGAUCUAUCAGGCCGAAAGUAUCAAGUAUUCUUAUGCUGAAGCUUUAGCAGAGGUGGACUCCAAGAAGCCCCCCAAGCCUAUGUCCCCGGAAGCAACGGUGCUCAAUCGAACCAUUUCUAUCGAUGGUGCAACGUAUGAAAGCUACUUGAACUCCGUCAAGGGCUAUAUAGACCUUGGGAAGAUCGAAUCCAGGUAUUCUCUACUUGCCUUUAUAUCCUGCGUCGCAAUCCCCAUCGGCUUCUCUUUAUUCCGCUUCCUAACCAUCCCCAAAUCCGUUCGAAGCAAGUUCUACGCAUACAUCAUUGAUCCUCCAGCAUGGGGCAGAAGGCAUGCUGUUCCCACCUUGGGACUCGGCAUUGUUCCUACUCGAGGGCAAGUUCUCUUUAUUCUCUAUGUUAUCGCCAUCAACGCCCUAGCUACCUUUGAUGGCUACCCUCGCUAUACCCCCAAUGCAUAUUUCCCAGACCGUCGGUAUGAGCUUAUGCGUCACAUCGGCAAUCGCGCUGGUAUUAUCGCCUUUGCAAACGUCCCUAUCAUCGUGCUUUAUGCUGGGAGGAAUAGCCUGCUUCUUCGGUUGACAAACUGGUCUUACUCCACAUUCAUUCUUCUACAUCGCUGGGUGGCGAUGGUUUGUGUAGUCCAAGUCAUUCUACAUUCUCUCAUGUGGCUUCAGAUCAUGGUCGAGGCUCAUUCCCAUGCUGAGGUCGUCAAGGUCCUUUACUGGCAAUGGGGUAUUGUUGGAACACUUGCCUUCUCCUUGUUGCUACCUUUCUCUAUACUACCCUUCCGUCGAGCUAUGUAUGAGAUAUUCCUCAUUCUGCACAUUGUGUUUGCAGUCAUUGCGUUGGUAGGAUCUUGGUAUCAUAUCUGGUACCUAUUCGAAGACACAAGCGGGUUCGAGCUUUGGCUCAUUAUCGCAAUAGCUAUUUGGGGUUAUGAAAGGGUCCUGCGUAUCGUUCGCUUUUCAAGAAAUGGGAUCAAAAAGGCCUACGUCACACGAGUUGAUGACAAGUACCUGCGUAUCGACAUUCCCGAUGUGGAUGCGGAUGGACAUUGCUUUGUCUAUUUUCCUACCCUCUCUUGGCGGGUGUGGGAAAACCAUCCUUUCUCUAUUGUCAAUUGCACAAGGAAUUAUACGAAGAAAGAAGCUACAGUGUCGAGCUCAAGUUCCCAGGCUGAGAAUGACGUUAAGAAUACUGUCAACUCCAAUCAGACCUCACUGUCUAAAGAGCUUGGAGCUGUGGCAGUCAAAAACUCCAGUAACCUGGGGGAGAACAGUGUCGCACGGUCAGGCAUCACAUUAUUCGUCUCUAUCGAACGUGGUCUUACCUCUAAGCUACCCAAGAAAGCCGAUACAGGCAUCCCGUUGUCGAUCCUUGUUGAGUCUUCCUAUGGUCAUGAAGAUCCCACCCGCUUCCAACCAACCACCGAAUACCCCAACACGCUCUGUAUCGCAGGCGGCGUCGGCGUCACCGCAGUCUUACCAGCUCUUCAAAGCUCCUUAUCUAUCUAUGCACGAUCAUGUGGCACAAGCAAGCUCUAUUGGGGCAUCAAAAACCGCAAUCUAGUCGAUGCAGUGAAAGGUAUGAUCGUCAGCCAAGAGAAUUAUCGCGAGGAGCAAGGUGACGGCCGCGCGUCGGAUUGGGGUCACUUUGAGGCACACGUAACAAUCGGGUCCCGUAUGGAUAUCAAGCAGGUAUUGGCGACGGAAUUGGAAAAUGCCGAGGGCGGCACAACAGUCAUUGUUUGUGGUCCACUGCAGAUGUGUGACGACGCUAGUUCUGAAUCAGAAGAACGGGCCGCCUUUGCCAAGUUCCCAAUGUAA